UCGGUUUUUAUAGAGUUUUAGAAUUAUUAUUCUGUGGGAAUAUUGGAAUAUUCCAGUCCGCCUUUCUUACUUUGUGUGUUGAUAUUACGAAGUGAAAAAACAGUUCGAUUGCUGCGCGGAUAUUCGGUUACUUUUUCUCCGUAUUAUACUGGGACAGUGUACGAGAUGAAAGAGAGUUUCGAUUAAAUACUUUUCUGAGUUGACAAAUGAAUCGAAAGCAGUGAAAGAAUUGGUGUUGAUUGUACAUACUAAACUGUGUAAUUGUGCAAGUGUUUUGUGUUUUAGAUUAGAAUUUUUGUCAAAGCUUACUAUGCUUGACGACGGAUGCUGGUAGUGAAGUCAUGCGCUAAAAUCCUGACCGAAACAGAUGUUUCUAUUAUAAACAAUCCGUGUGAAUCUGACAAGGAAGCUGCGAGGAGAAUCGAUCCAUUACGAAUGCAAAAAAAAAACCUUGAUUAGCAACCUGUGCAGAGUGAAAAAUUUGCGUGAAACGCUGGGUGUAAAAUUUUGACUCCCUUGUUCAACGUGUGGAAAGUGUGGCAAAAGACAAAAUCGUUCGGGAAAAGCGGCGGAAAAUCAGAGUCAUCGGUGUGUGUUUGUGCUCGUGUUUGUAUUCGAUCAGGAGAGAAAAUUUUCACUCGGCGAUGGGCGGUGAUGUUUGUUAAAAAUAGCUGCGAAAGAAGAAAAGGAAAUUCUUGUCAUCUGUAGUGCUUAAUUUCUCCAUGAUCCACACACGUCGGGCAGCGUGCUUCGGCUGACUCGCUUCCAAAACGCAGCAAAAUUUUACGAAGGUGAUAAAGAGCUAAGUGUCAGAUUCGGUGGGUGAAGGUGCUAGAGAGACCAACUACUAUACACCGUGGGAAGGAAAAUACCUGGGCUGGGUGGAGUAUUCCUGAAGUGUGCACGGACCAAGAGAACCAGGCGCUGCUUCUUUUGCGGCUGGAUCGAGUUUUACUGCCAUCGGAAAAAAGAAUCAAACACCCGUUGAGAUGUGUCGCUUGGAAAGUGACACAACCGGUGCCGGAAGCCUGCUCCACUGGUGUGCAGCGGCGUAGUAGGCCGCCCACCUCGAGCUACCCUGAAGUACUCAAACAUUCGCAGACAGUGCAACUGUCAAACUAAACCGUAAACAGACCCAUUGUAGAGUCCCAGUUCACCAACCCCGGGCCGAUAUGAUGAGUAACACCAGUAAGCACUACCAGUUCGGAGCAGGAUCCGCCAGUACAUCUCAGUCGGAAUCUGCCAGUGCCACUACCGCCGGUAUAAUCAUCAAAAUGUCCGAAAAACAGCGCACCGUCAGCGAUAGUGAGUCAGAGAUUAACUACGACAUGUUCAACAGCAGCGUCACGACGUCGGAAUAUGGAGGCUCGGUUAUGAACACUUCGCAGAUUUCCAACGCAUCCUCCGAUUCAACGCACAUCAAGAGUGCCAAUCUGACGCGGUCGCAGAAUUUAGGCGGAUCCUGUCGCUUCCCGAAGCUAGAAGAAUGUGCCCACUUCCACUACGAGCGUGUUCAGCUGGGUAAACUGACGGUUCGUUUGGUAACGGACGAGCGAAACGAUUCCCAGCUGGGACCGCAGAGUGGCCAAAGCUCCCUCCUGGCUAGUACCGAUCUCAGUAGCUCCCAAACGACGGCGGUGGUUAGAAAUAUCUGGUUCAUCAUCCGAAUAACGGCCGGUCGGUCGGAUUCUUUCAUGAUCAAGCGUUCGUUCGAGAAUAUGCGCUUUCUGGACGAGAUGCUGCACCGGUGCGUGUACGAUCGGAGGGUUAGUGAGCUGGAGAAUCUAAAGGAGAUGGAUGUUUCGGAAAAACCGGAUGAAGAGUUGGAAGCGUUGGUGGGGGCCUAUCUGAAUCGGUUGUCGGUUAUCGCCUCGGAUGCUAUGACUUGUGGACCCGUACUAACAUGGUUGCAGAUCGACAACAAAGGACGCAGACUUCCGGUGGCAGAUGAGCAAACAAUGAAGUGUAUCAACACGCCGGCAGUGGGAGCUGCUUACGGAGUUAGGCGAUAUGUGGCGCAGGCAUGUGACGAGAUUUCUAUCGAGGUGGGAGACAUGAUUUCGGUGAUUGAUAUGCCAAGCCCAGCCGAAUCAAUUUGGUGGCGUGGCAAGAAAAGUCAUCUGCAGAAAAACCAAUACGAAGUUGGAUUCUUUCCACAGAGCUGCGUAGCCACGAUUGGCGAUAAGGUUCCUCGCCAUAUGCCGUUUCCAGCUCCGCUGGUUGGUUCCCUGGCUGUGUCACCAACGAAGCCAGUGCUCAGAAAACAUGGUAAACUGAUAGCUUUCUUUCGAAGUUUCAUACUGUCAAGACCUUCCAGGCGUCGGCUGAAGCAAAGCGGAAUUUAUAAAGAGCGAGUGUUCUCGUGCGAUCUAGGCGAACACUUGCUUAACAGUGGCCAAGACAUUCCAAUGGUUCUGAAAUGUUGCGCGGAGUUCAUCGAAGAGUAUGGUAUAGUGGACGGAAUUUAUCGUCUGUCCGGAAUCACCUCCAACAUACAGAAGCUGAGACGUGCCUUCGAUGAGGAGCGAAUUCCAGACUUAACGCAUCCAGAGAUUAAACAAGACAUUCAUGCCGUGAGUUCCUUACUGAAGAUGUACUUUCGCGAGCUGCCAAAUCCUUUGUGUACCUACCAGCUGUACGACCACUUUGUAGACGCUAUUCAAACCCGACCGGAUGCGUCCACCGAUCUCAAGCUGCGAUUGAUCCGUCAAACCGUUCAGAAAUUGCCGCCACCCCACUAUCGGACACUGAAAUAUUUGGCGACACAUUUGUACAAAAUUUCUCGCCAUUCGGCUAACACGGGAAUGACGGAACGUAACAUUGCCAUCGUUUGGGCUCCGAAUCUACUGCGAUCGCCGGCUUUGGAAACUGGUGGAGUAGCUGCGCUUCGCGGAGUCGGCGUACAGGCGGUUGUCACGGAAUAUUUGAUCAGUAACUGUGAGCAGAUCUUCGACGAUAAUGCGGAUGAUUUCGGCAGCCAUUACGUGGAGUCGCAACCGAAUUCGCUUAGCGACUCUAAUAGUAUUCAAAAUCAUGGUGGCCUGGAACAGGAUCUGUCGCUUUCGAUGGAAAGACCAAAGAGUUUAAGUGUAGGAGGAGCCAAAUUGUUGAGCCUUGAGGAGGCUCGCAUUCGGAAGAAUUGUAUGGAAAACAGCGAAAAGACGAUCCCCAUCAAUAUCACAAAUCCUUCAACGCACAUUGGAUCGUACAUCGAGGUCGGUGGUGGUCCAUCCAGUUUGCCGGAUAAGUACCACACGGUGUUGCCGGUGCCAAGAAGCUGGAAUAAACGGAAAUCUCAUUCGUCUUGGAAGUCUAUAUUCACCAGGCAGCCGCGGCAAUCGAACAGCAAUCAGGACAUCAAGGAGUACAGUAACGCAUCAACACCAACGUCGAAGAAUCCGCCCGUGAUCAUCGCCAACGGAAGAACACCGGAUGAGGAACGUAUGAAACCGGACCAGAAUGGCUGCAUCAAAGAGAGCAACAGCGGGCUACUGCAGGAUAAGAUGACUAAGAGUGUUGAUCUCUAUGACGGGAAAUCCCUCACAAUCGAGUCCUGUGCACGAUCAAGUUCGGUAGACAGUUUGCGAACAGCCGGCCACAGUCGUUCAGUUUCGCACGAUUCGUACUUUGAUUUGCUGCAGUCACCAUUGCGGGGAGGUGCCGUUACCUGUCCCAGUCGGGAACUAUCCGAACUUGGACUAAACUUCGAUCGGGAGGAACCAGAAAUGCGUAUCUUUUCCGAGAGCGAGAGUUUAGUUAGCAGCCCAAAGGUGGCCAAGGAGCAGUCUGUAAGGAGAACACUUCGGGCACGCCCGGAGGAAUACACUAGCGGAGGAAACAGUGUGAAUCCAAGCCCCAAGAAGCAGCCUCGUUUGAACAUUCAGAGUCCCACGGAGACCAGCAAACAGCAACAGUGGAUGGUUGCCUCGGCAAAUACGGACGAAAGCCUCUGCAAACGGUACAAAUUGGAAGACCAGCUCAGUGAUAUCCAGUACAUUGACUGCAAUACUCCGGAGCACAAUGUUUCCAGCGCGGGAUCUUCACUGAACAACAAUACUAUUUUUACCAGUGCACAGGUUCAUCGGUCUCCAUUGCCGGAGGAUUCAGACGGUGAGAACGAACCAGUCGGCAUGAGGAACUCCUAUCCAGGGCCUCAGUAUAGCUACGUGAAAUACGACUCGCCGAUUAAGGAAACCCGGUUCAGCUAUCCGGGAUCUAGUGCCAAAAACAGGGGACCUUCGACUAAGGAUGCACAGGCGAUGAACGUUGACGAGCAACAGCACCAAGAACAACAGCAGCAGCAGCAGCAUCAGCAACACGCAGUGCAAAAGAACGGAUCGUCGCUUUACGAAAGUUUUAUUCUGUGCAGCCAGGCCGCCAAGCCGCCCCAAUAUCCGGGCCGUUACAGCUACUAUCAAGCGAACAGUGGCAGCGGAAGUACCAGCGGCGACAACGGUACGAUCGGUUCAAACUCCGGCGAGGGUAGUAGGGCUUGUGACGACUUGCAGGUAGUUCCCCGCAGUUGCUCCGAGAAUGUACUGCGGAAAAGCGACACUCAGAAGAGCAAACUCAGUGUGAUGACGCCCCAAUCGCCGAUUCAGAGUCCGUGCUAUUCACUGCUGCUCGGAUCGACGAGCUCCGACAACAGUAGCAAUCUAAAUACUCCUAUAUACGAUAUGGACAUUUCGCGAGUUCUAGGGCAGCAGCAACAGCAGCUCCUAUCACAGUCAUUAGACAAAACCAAAGACGAAACGGAAACGAGAGAUAUCAAGGCACUCAAACGGGAGCUUUCGCUAGAUCUAAGCGAAGCGGGAAUCAAACUGAGCGGUGGAAACCAUUUGUCGGCAAAGAAAACCUCCUCCCCCAACACCCCAUCGAACUUCGCCUCGGACAAUACAAAUACGAACACAACGACGACCACUACUAGUCAGUCGAUGACUCCGAGCGAAUUUUGCUACCAAAAUCUGAAUCCGGAUCUUUCACCGGGCGAGCUGGUCACAUUCGCUCCGAAGAUGGCGCCAAAUAAACCGGGAACACCGAUCAAAGCCACAAUCAACAUCACUUACAACGUGCGUUCCCCGAUCCGGAAAGAACAGGAAGACAGUAUUUUCCGCUCGCCAGCCUAUUCAACUGGCUCGGCCACUCCGACUUCACCAAAAAAUGUACCGCAAUCUAAGGUUGUCGAAGAUUUGCCCGACGAAGACGAAUACCAACGGGAACGACGAAGUAUCUAUGAAAAUGUUUUGGUCACUCCGCUGGAUUCGCCUUCACAGCAGGCCGGAAAAGAGGCAGCUGCGGCUAAACGUUUACUAGAAACCAAUUUCGAUGAAACAAUGGUUUACGAACAGGUGAAAUUCUAUAAAAAUGCAGUCUCCGAGGUGAACCAUUUGUUGGGUGAACAAGAAGGGGAUACGAAAGAACCCUGUGACGUUGAGACGUCUUCCAGAUUGGUGGAUUUGUCCAUCAAUGAGGAAGAGGUAAAAGUACCUGAGCAAGACGAGUUUGAAGAAAAGUCGAAAGUUAAGCUAAAAAUCAAAGAAGACGAAGACGAAGAAGAGGAGGAGGAGGACGACGAAGAAAAUACUGACGGUAUAAACAAUAACAAGCAAGACGCUAUUUCUAGACUCGGGACGGAUUCGUCCCAUUCCGAGAUGAAGGAGAAAAUAGAUUUCAUUCUGACGAGCAAGAGUGAAGAAGAAAGUGACGAUGUGCCGAUGUCCGAUGUGAACGAAGAUAGUCUUGAGUUUGACAACACUGACGUCUCCUUGUACGAGAACGUCGAACUGAGGAAAAAGCCUUUUGCACCAGUUUACGAAAACAUGCGGCCAGGGCCGGUAACCCCUACUUGCUCGACACUCAAGUCUACAACCGACGACGAGUUCUCUUCGCUCUGUGCAGAUCGCAGCGAUAUGGACAACGAAAUGGAGUACCGAAUAGAAAUUCCUCCCAAAAUCGAACUCAAGCCGUCAACCAACAAUGUCAACGUUAAGCAGCUAGCAAUCAAGUUCGAAACUAGUCCGGUGGAUGCAAAUCCACCAUUCGAUUUUCAGCAGCAAUCUCGCUUGAACAACAAUCGGGGAAACGCCGGACCGGUGGUAACGAUCCGAAACAAGUCCGCAAAAGACUACCAAAACCUAACGAACAUAACCCGUAGUCUGGACGAAAAUGCUUUCAUUCGCGAAUUCGGCAGUGCUCGUAAGCUGGAAAGCUUCAACAAAAGCAUCCAGCAGAUUCCCGAGAUCGAUAACAUAUUAAACGAGAACAACCCGAACCGGCGCAAAUCGCUGGACUUUACCAGACCAAAGAGCCUCAACCCGCCGAAAAAGCUGCCCUCGCUGGUCGGCGAAGGAAUUGAAAACGUGAACGACGGAAGUGGCGCUGGUGCUACUUCCCCGCACGACUGCUGCCGACAGCAGCAGCAACAGCAAUCGCAGAAAUGUUCACCACCGUCUGAUUUGAAGCUGGAUCUUUCCACCAAGAUAGAGGACACCAAAGAAGCGCGAGCGUACAACGUGCGCAUCACACCGACCACCGAAAACCGGAUCUCUCUGGUCCAGUAUAACUACGAUAAUCGGCUCAACCGACGAGAUUCCCAACAACUGCUCCAACAGGAUGAAGAUCGUAACAGUAUAACCAGUCUCUCCAGUUUGAAAAUGCUCGGUAGCUGCAAGCUGGAUCGCAGCCGAAUAGAGAAAAUAAAAGAAGAACGUCGCCAUCAGUUGAGCGAAAAGUAUCGGUCCGAGUCUUUCAAAGGGGAGCGUAUUUCCGCCGACUACGGUCGGCUGAAAUCGAAAUCCAAGUCGGAACUGCGAGAUUUCAACGGUGAUUGUGAUACAACGGUCGACUCUAGUAAAAAGUAUGACUCGUUACGUUUUCGUUCGAAAUCCCGCGUCGAACUGUCCGACCAGCAACAGUUCAACAGCGGUAGCGGUCGUGCUGGAGGCGGCAGUCUAUGUUCUGCCGUUUCGCUCAACACAGUUGCCACCGGUGCUGGUCGAACGCGACGGAUAAGCGAUGAGAAAAAUCAAAACGAUUGUAUCGUAGCAUCCUGCAGUCCGCCGCGAAUCGUUGCAAACAUUCCACAGGAUGCCACCAUUUCGCAGGUGUGUGAUAGCAAGUUCGAGUUCAAGACGCGGCAAAAGUUUGAUAAGCGGAAUAGCACCAACAGUGGCGACUAUCCGGUCUCGAUUGCUGCCGAUCGCCGGGAGCGGGACAGUUACAACGGUGCAAUGACGACAACGACGACGACGACGACGAAGGGCUUUGCCAGGAGCGGCUCCGGAACACAGCGGGAUCGUUUUUCACCACAGAUUUCAAUCAAAGAUGUAGCAGCGAUGUUCGAGUCACGGUCACAAAACCAGUCGUAAAAAAAGAAAAUUCGUCGUUCGAGUAGCUGUGUUAGAAGCCUGGUAUUGCGACUUGUUUGUUUUGUGGGUAGAUAAAUAUUUUUAAUUACUAAAUAGCCCAGCUGAAAACCGCGCAGACUCGCACAGAAGAGACGCGAAAAAUAAAAAAAAAAAAACAGUCAGAAACACAAGCCAUUGAUAUUACUUCUUACGAUUACACUACGCAUAGAUUCCUGUGACUACACUUUUCUACAUUAAAAGAAAAACAGAUUAACUACUAUAGGACAAAAUUAGAAACCAUCAUUUAUAGUAGAGGCGUCAUUUGAUAUUCUGAUGGAAAGAUAUUUAUUUUACAACUCUGUAACUAUUGUACGAUAGAAAUAAGAUCCAAUUUUUCGAGAGAGAAUCUCAUUCGUGCACUCCUUCUAUACUUUACAACACCAGAUUCAAAAUGAAUAAUACUCUGAUGAAGCAAACGUGUAACUGCUAUUUAAUUAAUACUAACUGCUUAUAAAACAAGGUAAAAAACGGAAUGCUAUUUUAUGCAUUUAAUAAUUGACUGCUAAAACCAACAAGGAAACAACUUACUAUCUAAUGAAUGCAUUCACUACUACUAGACUUUUGUCUUCUUUUUUACAAAAAAAACAGUAAAAACGGUAAAUAUGCCGAAGACGGAAUGGUGAACUAUUGCCCGGGCAAGAAUAUUAAAUGGAAUUUAGCGGUUUGCUUAGAAUUUUUUACCGUGGUUUUGGUUGAAUAUCUAUGGUUGGAUUGGAAUGUACAUACAAGUGAAGUCUGCUAGUUUUACUGAUCUGUUUUCAUUGAACAAUAGAGGCAAGCACGAGAAAGGGAAAAAACAGCUAGGCAUUACACUGAAGAAGUCGUUAAGUUGUACAUCACACACACACUAAUCGUGUAGGUUCUAGGUUUAUUUAGUAGGUCUAUUGUUUUGUCUGUAUCAACGCAAAGGUUUACGCGACGAGCCUUGCGCGAUAGGAAUUUGUUUAUUUGAUCGUUUCAAAAACGAAUUCGACUUUUAUUACUCGUUUUGCUAAAAAGAUGACAAAAAUGACGCGUAAACACAUUCGUUUGUUUCUUGUGGAUUUUAGGAAAAAAUUUGUUAUUGUUCUUUUAUUUUUCUGUUUACCCAAAAUACUGUACAGAUCGCCCCGAAUAAAUGUGAAAAGAAAAUUGAUGAAACAAAAGUGAAACGCAGCCAAGAAGUAGAAAAUACGACAAUAAUUUCCCCAUAGCAUUGGAACCUUAACCAAGUUUAUUGAUUGAAUGCGAGAGAACAAAACAUUUACGAUAUACGCUGUUAUAUUGAAAAUCUUCCGACUUUUCCAUUCAUCUUUUCCGCCACUAACUACUUCUUCCGAUUAAUGUUUCCAUUGAAUGAUUUCAGAACGUUUCAUUUGUUCUUCUUACUCUGUAUAUACACUCUUAAGCACUUUCCUAAAAAUGAUAGAAUGAAAAUGAAGGCCAAUAUGUGUGUAAAUAUGACUGCAGCACUACUCGGGAUAGGAAAAUGUUCUCACGAAAAGUUUUAUAUAUAUGAGAAGAUGCAUGGCUUUGCUACGAGAGCUAUCCAAUAGAUAUUUGUACUAUUUGUUCAGACAAAAUCCAGUAACUGCUAUUCUUCACUUUGAGGAGACAAAUGAAUAAAGAUAAAAAACUCUGAUACUACUGCUAUGUAUACAUAUGAUAUAUCAUACACACUCGAGAAAAAAAAACUACCCGUGAACAUUGAUAUUACUAUAUUGCCUAUGAAUUAUGCAAAUUUUGCUGACCAUCACAACACAAAACAAUACACGACGAAAUGAAAUUUAUGCCAACAACAACAAAAAAAGGUUAGAAUAAAAGAUUAAAA